UGCGCUGACGUUUCCGCUUUGGCUUGCCAUUCGGCGUCACCGUCGUCGACAUGCAGCGACAUGGCUGAUGCUUCAUCUUCGAUGAGCCUUGCAGGAAUGCACUGAACCGAUGGUCUUGCGGCAGCUAGGUUGGUACAGACUAGCGCUGCUUGCCUCUGUGGUAGCCAUCGCCCUCUUUACCCUACAUGGCGAGAGAGACGAGGAGGAGGACCAUCUGCCUCUUCAGACGGUGCAGUACAACAGCGCUCGCCCGGGAAGACAUCUUCAUCUGCCCACUGCGACGGGCAUCAACGAUAGCCUAUCCCUGAGUACUUUCCUCCGUCAGCGCAUUGGCAAGCUACCGAAAGAUGACUAUCUCUGGGUCACCCUGCUCGACGCGACAUACCUCCGUCAAGGCGGGACGGAUCUCACCCUGUUCCUGCAACGCUUGGGCGAUGGAACGCUUCCUCGAGCGCCCGGACGGGUACGGCCUACGACCGACGUCAGUUCGAUAGACAUGUAUCGAGCCAAAAUUGAUGAUGGCGAUAUCGACUUUGACGAGGCGCUUUACAAUUCCCCACGCGGCCAUCAAGACCUGCUCGUCAUCUGCCUGGACCAAGCCUGUGUCGAUCUAUGUAAUGAGCGUAACCUCUUCGGCUAUGGAGGCUUCUAUCAACCUGCAAGACAGUGGCCUAGCAAACCGCCGCUCAUGAUGACCAAACUGCUCGCGUUCAAAGAGAUUGCAGAGGCAGGCUAUCGGACAUUGUUCGUCGAAGGCGAUGUAUGGCUUCGAUACGAUCCCUAUCCGUACCUGCCCAAAUGGACCGAUGAAGGCUUCGGCAUCUCGUUCCCGUACGAGGGAUCAGCAGAAGUCAACAUCGGCGUCAUCGUCUCGAGCGGAGACAAUGACAAGGUUGCAGAGCUGUGGCGACGCGCACUCGAUGAUAUGAUCAACAGAGUCGGGCAGUGGGACCAGGGUGCAGUCAACAAAGUCUUGGAGUUGACGUACGACAAUUACACCGUUGGUGCUCACGAACGCAAAAAGGCAACGCCCUGGGGUCUCGGCGUCCACUUUCUAGACCGAUUCCGCUUUGUACAAUACCACAGAGGCUAUGGCGUUCCUGCAGAAGCAGUCCUUCUUCAUACGACCUGCGUGGACGACUACCCCAUCAGACGCACACUCGCUGCCACUCAUGGCUUUACGCAAGAUAUAGACAGUUACUAUAGCAAACCUCGCAAAAUUCUCUCGUUAGACGCUCUGACGGGCACCGAAGCCGGCCUGCAAGGUUUCCUCGCCAUUGCAGUCGGCCUUGCUGCAGACUCUGGUCGUGACCUCUUACUGCCCCCGACGGCAUUGUACUUGAACACCAGCGUCCAGCCGAACCUACGCAACAGAGACAUCUGGGCAGUGUUGCCCAUCGAAGAGACAUCGCAAGAGUACAAUGUAGACAUACUCGAGCCGAGAUACCUCUCUCACGCACACACGAAUAGUCAUCGCGAUACACUCGUACUAGACAUACAACUGAGACCUACAUACACCCAGCUCGUCGAUGCGCUCAACAGUCCAUUGUACGAUGCCGCCGGUACAGUAGCGCUGAGUCUAGGCGCUAUGCCCACUGCGCCAAUGUUUAACUGGCGAGACGUUCCGGCGCAAUACAAACGACUCAAGCUUUGCUACGAUCUCUGGCGCACGCCGGGCUGCGAUAUCUCCUGCUUGCGAGAACCGCUGGAAGAUCGACAGGCGCGACUAGCUGCCAAACGUAGGCAGGAGCCCUGGGCGAUGCUCAAACCCGUUCUAUACCCAAAAGGUCUCUGAGCAGGAGCUGUAAAUGGGUCGGCGCGCAAGAGAGGUGUCGGCAGGAUUUCGGCCCUGCGUAUCCUUGGACCCCGCUGGUGUACACACGCACCAUAGACAAGGC